CUACCACAACGUAUAUUCGUGACGUGGUAUAUGCCAUUCCUCUUAUCCAUUCAUCUUCUUGUUCUUGUGUUAUUAUGGUACGAAAGCACAUAUGUUCACAUAAAAAAAACGUUUCGCAUACAUUUUACAUACAUUAUACGAGCGCACGCUCGCGCCUAUAGUAUAUUCAUGCGAUAGGGGGAGAUAUUGAAAUACACACGAUUGAAACGGAAAGUGUUUCGUCGCGAACACAAAGCGUCAUUUCAGUUCGAGAUUUUCUGUAUAAAAGCACCGUCAAACUAAUCCUCAGCAUCUAGUUCAUCGUCUGGGAUCAACCAGAUUGGAAUAGUCAUUUGUGAAUCGUAACCAUGAAAGCAUUUUUGUUUAUCACCGCACUUUUGGUUGUGUCAGCCUUUGCUGAAGAAGCCGCAAAAAGUGACAAGAAACACGCCAAACGAGGACU